GAAAGUAGCGAUGGCUGAGAUCCCGGGAGUAGAGACGGUGCUUGAGUGCUUCGUGACUGACAAGAUCAAGAUAGAUGAGGCAGCCUUCAAGGUUUGGAUUCGCGGGCAUACAGCAGCUGAAGCAGCUCGAUACAAAGAGGCCUUCUUGAAGAACAUCCUGACCAACAUGAACAUAGUGGACCCGCAUGACUCGCGCAUCAACGUUGCUCGACGGAUCAACAGGCAGGAAUGCAAUGAGCAAUUCCAGCUUUACGAGUGGCUGACUCCGAUGCUCAACUCUCCUCCUCUCUUCCAGACGCAAUCCUUGUACACCUUGUACCCAGGGGACGUGACGUUCAUGAUACAAGAGUACUACAGCUUUGACGAAACUGUGAUGAGAGAGUUGCUGGGAAAGGCUCUGAGCAAGGGAGACGGCAGGGAAGUGGAGGACAACUCGGAGAUGUUGAGAGUGCAGGUUCGGUCGGUGAGGAGACAAUUCAACAAUACCAAAAGAAUCAUGAAACACGUGGAGACGGAGAUUCAAGCUGUGAGGGCGUCAGGGAGGUUACUCACCAAGACCAUCCUGGAGAUGAUUCAGGAGGAUUUUUGCCUUCCCAUGGAACUUGCUUCACAGUACCUUCACAUGAUCGAGACGUUCAAGUCGCGUCUGAACCUCCUUGACUUCAAGUUCAACAACUUGUCAUCUUCUUCUGCCUUGGUUGACUUGCGGGCAUGCAGCGAGUGGAACUCUCUCUCGGGGGUUGUGAUGGCGAUGUGGGGGAGCGAGAAGUCGCUGGAGCUGGACCUUCACUUCACCGACCAGAUGCGACAAGCCAAGGAGGCUCUGCUGGACAAGGAGACGUUCUCGGACAUUAGGAAGCACAUCCUCUCCUCCUUCAAGAGCACUAUCGCAGACUUGGAUGGCGCCUGGUCAGGCGGAGGGGGAGGAGGAAGCAUCCAUCUCGGGACCGGCACCGGGUCUCAUCACAUGCAGACGACCAGAAAGAUGAUGGCUGCGUUGGAGUCCAACUUCAACAGCAUCAUGAAGGCGAUCGCUCAGAUCGGCUCUGGUCUGCAAGAAUGGCGAGAAGUUCGCGAUCUUUUCGUGGACCUCAACGACAAGGUCCUGCAACCCCUCGACCAAGCAGAUAUGUCUCUCGAACAAGUGAUGAUUCUAUUUAGCUCGAUGGACAAGGCUUUGUCUGUCUCCAAGAAGAAGCAGCUCCCCAUGUGGGCGGCCGCAUGGCGCAAGUGCGUGGAGGCGAUCAAGAUGUUGACGGAAGCGCAACAACAACUAGGCGAGCGAUCAGAGCGAGAGAGGAGCAACAACAAGAACAAGAACAAGAACAAGAACAAGAAGAACAAGAACAAGAAGAAGGAGAAGAACAAGAAGAACAAGGAAAAGGCUGAGAAGACGAUGCGACCGAGAGAUCGCAACAGUCAGUUCACCAGGAGACAGCAGGGUAACCUCGAGCUCGAGCCAUUGCUUUCCUUCCUCAUGUUUGCCGCAGCUGUGUACAUCAUUGUGGGGUACUUGUUUCCUCUGACCGGCAGCAUUCUCGGAGUUGUCUUCAUCGCGAUCCAUGGAACAAAGUUUGGUCCGAACUCAGUUCCUGUUAGUGCGGGAGGGCAUACAGUUUUGCUGGACGGACCGCCGGAGUACUACCUCAUCAGUUUUUGGCUGCUAACAUGCCUCCAGAUUGUUCUGCUGCUGUCAAACAUAAUUGGACCUUGUAGCUGCGACAAGAGGCUUCAUUUCUCCUUCCAGGCCUUCGGCAUCGUCACGGACUUUAUCUACCUGGUGAUGGUCAACACCUCUGUAGACAAGUGGCCGCCAGGAGCCAAGGUUCAGAGUCCCAGGAUCUACUUCAACGCUUCCUCGCUCCUGAUGCUCACCGGCCAGGUCGUGCUCGCCUGGGGCGCUUACCGGCUGUCGGGGUGCGGGUGCGAGAGGAAGAGGACUAGCGAGGAGGUGUACCUGCGGGAACGAGCGCGACGACUCGCUCACUUCGGUCCUGUCUGGGCAAAGCUGCCACAGGAGCAGACGAGAAGUGUGCACGUGGACUACGAAGACGAGGAGCUGAUGACGGACGAAGAAGUUGCGGAAGAGGUGGUGGACGAGCUGGUCGCCUUGUACCCCAACACCGUCAUGGCUGAGAUGUGA